AUGACAUCCGACCUUCCGUAUGCUGCCGACGCAGAGGUGUCGCUAUCCUACGACGAGCUUGAGGUCCUGAGGCUCCAAUAUCAGAAAGAACUCUCCCAAGGCUAUGUUACGGUCCAAUCCAAGUUCAACUAUGCCUGGGGUCUCGUAAAGGCACCGAUACGUCAGAACCAAGUAGAGGGUGUCCGGCUAUUGCAAGGUCUCGUUUGCUUUGCCCACCAACUUCCCCCCAUUGAUAUCUGUCUAGAGUUGUAUCGAGCUGAACCAACGCGUCGAAGGGAAUGUCUAUACUAUCUCGCACUCGGACACUACAAGAUGGGCAAUUUCGAAGAGGCGAAGAAGUUCAAUGCUCUCCUCCUCGACAAGGAACCAACGAAUAUGCAAGCAAUCAGCUUGGGACAAUUAAUCGACAAGGGCGUCGCUCGAGAAGGCUAUAUUGGCAUGGCUUUGGUCGGAGGUGCUGCAGCAAUUGGCACACUUCUUGUGGCUGGUCUCAUACGGCGAGCAACCCGUAAAUGA